CAGGACAUUAUCUCAGGUGAACAUGACACUGAUGAAGUGGGUGGCUCAAGGCGUGUUCCUCACCAUCCUGUGCUUGGCACACGGACGUGAGUCGUCGGACGCCAAGCUGCUGGUGGCGGCGUACUCGACCAAGACGGCGUACUUCCUGACCACCUCCACCACCACCACCCCCUACACCUGCGCCUUCAAGGUCCAGACCCAAGUGUGCCAGCGACGCCGCUUCAAGCGCUACUCCUCCGUCGAUGAUGUCGUCGUCAGAGACUUGUCGCCCCUGGAAGGAACACUGGAAGAUGCCAUAGAAGGUGAUGCGAAGAACAAGCGGAACCCAAGGAUCGCCCUCACCAUCUGGAGCACCACCACCUCCACCUACACCGUCACCUCCACCUCCAUCAACUCCGCCACCACCUUCUCCCUCUCCUUCUACUGCACCGUCAGCGGCGCCUCUGCUCUACCAGUCUGUGGGUAAUGUCUCACACACACGCCAGGGGUCCCUCACGCUCUUCAUAACACCUGUCCAUAUCGCCAUGAACAGCGUGGUGAACAUCGGUGAACAGGGGCAGCGCCUGGCGUGACCGGACACCGCGCGUCGCUGGCUUCACUCUUCCUUCUGCACCUCGUGUUCCGUCUUGUUUGUUUACGUUUAAGGGGUCAGUUAUGUAAAUACUUCUCUCAAUAAAGCUGUUUUCUCAC